AAAAUGUCGAACAAAGCGAAAAUGUUGUAACCCUACCGGUGGUAGCAGCGGCACCAGCAAUGGCAACGGCAACGACGACCUAACUCUAAGUACCCGAGCAGCAUGACGUGUACGGAAGACUGCACCUGCAGUCUCUGUCGGGAGUUACGCGGAUACAAGCUAAAAGUAAAACCUGCGAGCAAGUCGGAACGUUCUUCCGGGAACGGCGAGUGCUCUUCGGCAGCCGGAACUCGACUGCAGCAGCAAGGGUCCAAAUAUUGUAAAAACAGCAAGCUCAGCCGAAACGAUAACUUUAUUCUGAAGCGACGGAUGUCUUCGGACUACAACAAAGAUGGCCGCCAUGGUGCAGCCGCAGCACCAUCGGCGGGCGCUUCUACGACGGAAAUAAACUACGAGUUCCCGGAGACGACGUCCGUAACAUCACGGCAGCUAAACCGCAUGAAGAAAGCCCAAAGCUAUAACGAAAUAUCCUGCUUUGCAAAAAUCAACCGGAACAGAUACAGCGGUGGAAGCGUGAUCGAUCCAAAGAUGAUCAAAAGUACCACCAACCUCACCGAAGAGGAUGACUACUUCAGCUAUCUACCACCGUCUCCGCCUCCAACGGUCUCUGCCUCCACGCAAAACAUCAAGAACAAGAUCGAAAGGCAAAAGGAUCACAAAGUGAUCAUUUACUUCGGCGACAGCAUAGGUCAAAAGAAAUCCGACAAAACCAAACCUGCUCCACCGACUCCUCCUCCACCAAAGACUACGGAACUCAAUGUCUUCCACGCGCAACGCCUUUGCGAGGAAACUGCCGAAAUGAACUUCAAACGGCAAAACUCCAUUAUCGUUAAACCAAAGCGUAAAGAUACCUCUGAUCAGCCAAAACCCGGAAAGGAAUUCAUGCAACAGCUCAAAUCAGUACUCGAAGAGAAGAAGAAGACUUCCGGUCCCGGAGCACCUACUGCUGAUCCAAUGGGACCAGGUUGCUCGGCAACGGUAGUGAUAACGCAAAAGAAGGCACCUCCGCCGCCGCCGGAAAGCCAAAAAAAAUCUUCCGCCACCGUUGUUGGUGAACAACUCCACAAACCGAAACACACCCAGGUAGUAGAGAUCCGACGGGUAGAUAAGACCGUAGCCACCGAAGAAAACACCGAUCGAUCCCUACCUCCAUUCGUCGAAAGCGUCAUCAACGGAGUCAUCAACAUCAAGAUCGAAGAAAGCUUUAAAGUUGCGACGGAUAUCGUGCAGGCCGUGUUUCAGAACGAUCCCGGUGAGGAAGGGUACGGGUGCAACGAAGACGAACCGGGAGAUCCAUUUGAUUGGAGCUUCGUGCAGAACUGGCGGGCACGACCUUCCGGAACGGUUGCCAACGGACACGUGAACACACCGUCCAACAACAGCAACUCCACCUCCGGUGUAAACAGCUCCAGCAGCAACCUCCACAAUGGUUCCAACGGACUGUCACCAGGUAAUCACUAUAUUGCCUCUUCUAACCCGGUCACCUCCGGACCGCGGAUUCAAAGUCCCGCUGUGGCCACUCCGGCUCCUCGAAUCUCCAAGGAGAUUGCCGUUCGACCACCAAACGGCAAUCAGGUAGAUCCUCGGAACUACAACCUGUCGUCGGUUCAAAGUCUACAACAAAGCGGAGAAACUACCGGUUCAAGCGCUGCCAGCAAUAGCAGUAACCACAAUCUAUCCUACAACACCUCGGCCAUGAUCCCCGAACGGGACGUCGGCCCCAACAAGUUCACCAACGGUAGUAAUCUCAAACAGCAACACCAGGCUCCCCUACACGGGCUUCACCUACAAACGAACGGAGCACUACCGUCGCAUCACGCCGGACUCCAACAGCAACAACACCAACAACAACAACAAGGACCGCACAGGUCCGUAUCGGGACCGACUAAACUCACCGUCCAAAGCUCCCCGGUUAAAUCGCAACCGGCCAUGAUCAGCUCCGGACUGGACAAAUCCAACCUCCAGCACAGUGCCAAUGGCUACAAUGCCAAGCGAAUGAACUCAAGUGGCCUUACCAACAGCAAUGAUAACCUACUGAAUUCGCCAACCUCCUCCACGGAACCACUGAACACCAGUAGCAACAGCUCCAGCAAUGCCAGCAGUGUUAGUCAUCUAAAGCAGCACUUCACACAAAACCAUCACGCAAUGCCAGCUUACCACCAUCAACAAUCGCAGCAGAACUCUCUAGGAGGACCUCCUCAGAAAGGUCUUAGCAUUACUCGGACCCAUCACCACACGGGGACGCACGACUUCCGUGGUCUGCAGCGGGUCAACGAAUGCCACAGUUCAUCAGAUGAGAACCGCUCAUCCGGGCACGCCUCCAUGUCCGAUACUGGACACGGAAGUAGCUCCCCCGGCGGAAACCGUGCCAAUGGUCCUCUGGGACCACUACCGGAAGAUCGCCUGGCUGCUGGAGUCACAAACCGAAGUGCACGCUCCCGGGCCAGCACAAAUCAUUCGCGAUCCCGGCACCGAGCUACUCCUGCCAAGAUCCCAUGGGGAGGCGGAGGAUUGGAAGACAUAAAACUGGCCAUUCAGCAACUGACGAUGCGCUCCCAUACCAGUACUUCCACGUACAGCAGUUUGAGUGCUGGGUCGGAGAGCUCCGAACCGGAGCGAAGGCUCGGAAGAUACAGCUCGCUGGAAACUGUAAAUACCAAUGUAACUAGCGCCGAUGAGUUCGUGUGGGUGGAUUCGCACAAUCGCUUGGUGGAACUUCAGCAUCCUCCGUGGAGUCAGCACUGCGUACUACGGGUUUUGAGAUCCGGUCGUUGCCGAGAGCACUCGGAAAGGGUUUCCGUGGAAGCGGUUCCUCGAUUGGGUUACCUUCUGCAACGGGCUCUGGUUCGAGUUGCACGUGAAGUGCAACGCUUGUCUGGUUGCUUAGGCUUAUGUUCAAAGCAUGAGGUGUCCGGAGCAUUUAAAAUUGUUCUGUCCCCUGCACUGGCUGAUUCAUGUAUCAAAGCAUGCCUGCGUGCUGCAGCCAUGUUUGCAGUUCCGGGGGACAGCGCUCUGAAGCAAAGUAAAUCAGCCCGAGCAGGACUUCAGCUUCCAGUUGGAAGAUUCCACCGGUGGAUGGCCGAUGCCAGGUUGGGUAGAUUCGUACAUGAAUACGCCGCAGUCUACCUCUGCGCUGGGCUAGAGAACUUACUGGAGGAGAUAUUCCUGCAGUGUCUACCGACAGAUCCAACGGCAACCUUAACGGCCAGUGGUCUGGAACAUGCCAUUGCCGGUUCUGGCGAUCUGUGGGGAUUACUGCAACCCUAUGCUCACCUGAAUGCAGGACGCGUCGCGUCCGGAGCACUUACCAUGCCACGUUGGGCUAGUCAAUCGUCGAUCAACUCGAACAAUCAAAGUUCUGCGCUAGAGCCAUGUCUGCUAACGACCUGCGUUGGGAGUUUGAGCGAACUAAAGGAUUUAGUUCAACGAGCACAGCUGAGAAGUCCACACGUCACAAUGUCACAAUCAGCCUUACGAGUAUUGUUCUAUUUUAUGCGAUGCUCGCAGCUAGAACACAACGACAUCGGAGUCGCUACCAAUGGUGGAGGAACGAACAUACAGGAGCUAUGCUACGAACGAGCCUAUGUUGUACUGCCACCACUCGUGGAAUGGAUUCGUGUUUCCUCAGCUCAUGCCGAGUACCGACAUGCUCUGCUGAUCGACAAGGAUGAUAUCAUGCAGGCCGCACGCCUGCUUCUGCCCGGAGUGGACUGUCCACCUCGAUUGACCAUUUCGGAAGAAGAGUUACCCUCGAAGAGACUUACUCUAUCCAACCAAAGUAUAGCUUCGUCGAAUCAUUCCGGCCAAACGCAACCACUACACGGGUCGCUGUCAUCUACAUCGUCUACCUCGACGACUAGCAGUAAUAUUGAGGACUCCAGUGAAUGUGGACGUCGUGCAACCUACGCUCUGGCCUUCCGUUUGAUGCUAACCGGCCGUGCUGAACUGCUUAUCCAAGCACUGUCGUUGGUUCCACCAACAACCCGAUACGACACGCUAAACCAUCAGGGUUUGACAGCACUGAUGAUCGCUGCGGUCCGUAACGAUGAUGGUGCCAUUCAAACGCUGCUGGAUGCUGGUGCCGAUCCAAAUAUAGAAGUUCCAUCCGUGGGAUAUCCAAAUUGCCCGGCAAUUCAUCCGGAAACGCAGCAUUGGACAGCAGUUACAUUCGCUGCCUGUAAAGGAAACUACCAAGCUCUCCGAACGCUGCUGGAACGAGGUGCCCACGUAGAGGGAGGUGCCCGCCUGAGCGAGGAUAAGUGCACACUGACCCCUCUGCAGGUUGCCAGUGGUGGCGGCGUUGUGGAAGUCGUUUCGUUGCUCUUAGCUCACGGAGCACAUGCCUUCCUAUCUACGCAGCUGAAGGAUUCACUGAGCUUCUCAGGCAGUGCCCAACGGGGUUGUUACAGUGCUAUCUCCGUUGCUGCUGCCCACGGACAGCGGGUGUCACUAAGGAAACUGCUAUCACAUCCGUUAGCUCCAGGAAGUCGUGAAGUACUCUCGCUGGAGGAGAUGCUUGCCGAAGGUGAUAGUACGAGCCGCACUCAGUUGGAUCGACAGACGGAGACUCCACCAACUUUGAACAAAACGCAAAUCAAAAGUCUUCAAGAGGCCAUGUAUCAUAGUGCUGAGAAUAACCAUCUAGAUAUAACGAUUGAGUUGCGCGCACUUGGAGUUCCGUGGACCCUUCACUGUUGGAUGCACGCCUUGGCAGCUGCCCACGAACUUCGGCUGGACGCAGUUAUUGAUCAGCUUCUGCAAGACUUCCUGCAAGUCUGUCCAGAUGACUACAGUCAACAGUUCGUGACGGAAUGUCUGCCUCUACUGUUUAACAUUUUCCGCUACAGCAAGGUACUUUACGUCAAAUUGUUCAGAAAAUCUCAGUUUUUAAUUAACUUAACUUCACAGAAGGAAGGAACAACCCUACUGUUGGCAGACAUCUUUAGCACCUGCUUUGGCUGGGAACCGAUAAAGGCAAUCAAAGAACCCGUAUUGCUGCCGUCAAAUGGAUCCAGGAUUGAUCCCAAGUUCGUCAACAACCCAGAGCUUAGUGAUGUGACAUUUAGAGUCGAGAAUCGCAUCUUCUAUGGGCACAAGAUUGUUCUGGUGACCGCUUCGCCGCGUCUGCAGAGCAUGUUGAGCUCCAAGUUGAACGAAGGCACCGGUACGCCAACUGUUCAGAUCAACGACAUCCGCUACCAUAUAUUCGAGUUGGUUAUGCAAUUCUUGUAUAGUGGAGGUUGCAACAGCCUGGACGUAGCUAGCGGAGACGUGCUGGAGCUGAUGGCAGCGGCCAGCUUCUUCCAACUCGAGGGUCUUCUUCGCUACACCGAGGCUCGCUGUGCCGAGAUGAUCGACAUCGAUAACGUAGUGGCAAUGUACAUCCACGCUAAGGUCUACAACGCCCAAAAACUGAUGGAGUACUGCCAGGGUUUCCUGCUGCAGAAUAUGGUCGCCCUACUGACAUACGACGAUUCGGUCAAGCGGCUACUAUUCGCCAAGAAGAUACCGAACCAUGACGUGCUGAAUGGACUGCUUACCACGUUGCAGGUUCGGAUCAAAGCCCGCCGAAAUGGGGCCAAUGCGGCUCCACCCCUUGCGGUCAAUGCAAUGAGGCCACCGUCCAAUAAUAAAGCUAAAUAAAUUUUUAUGUAGUUGAUUUUUCUAACUGUUUUUAACUAUUAUGACUAACAAUGUCAAAGUUUUGUGUAAUAUCUACGUAAACUUGCUAAUAUGUAUAUGUGCAACUUUAACAGUUGAUUAGCCAUUUAGAAGUAUGUUCGAGCGAUAUUUAUAUAACAAAAAUCCAUUUAAAAAAAACUGUACAUUUCUGUUAAACAAUAACAACAUUAGACUAAGAAGCUGAAUUAUACAAAGCAAUUGCUGUAUUUUAAAAUCUAAUGCUAGGUACAUUUUACAUACAUUUACAUACAACAUUGAACAGUUUUAUCUUUGGAACCUAUCAUAACACAAUAAACAUUCCCCAUUAUUCACACAA